AUGGAGCAUGACCAUGACAAGUGCCGCAUCUGCUCGGUGAAUCGCUUGGGGUGCAAUCAGGUACGAAGAGAGCUGCAAGAGCUGUUAGACGAAGGUACCAUUGAGAUUCUCCAGAAUCGCAAUGUUGAUAAAGACGAACUUGAGAUCAAUGUUAUAUCUCCAGUGUUCAAAUUGCCAGAGCCUGUUGUUAUUCGCUACGAUAGCAACAAGCCGAAGACUUCUCCUUCCCUUGUGAUUAAACCUACCGGCCCAGUGCCGUAUUCCUCUGAUAAAGCUGUGCCGUUCAGGUACAACCCAGUUGCUGUGCAAGAUGGGGUAGAAGUGCCUCUGCCUUCAACUGCUGUGACCAACAUUGCCGAUUUUAACUUGGCUUCACCAAUUCUACUGAAAGGAACCACCACCACUGUUACCGACAAAGGCAAACGGGUGAUCCCAACUGAUGAAGACACUGGAUUUUUGAGGAUUAUCAAGAAGAGUGAUUACAAUAUUAUUGAUCAGCUGCAUCAAACUCAUUCAAAGAUAUCCAUUUUGUCUCUUCUCAUGAGUUCUUCGACUCAUAGGAGUGCCUUGCAUAAAUUGUUAGCUCAGGCUCAUGUCACUCACGACAUUACUAUUGAUCAAUUUGAUGGGGUCAUUGCCAACAUUACAGCAUGCAACCAUCUCAGCUUCAGUAGAGAAGAUUUGACAAAGGAUGGCCAAGACCAUAACCGUGCUUUGCACAUAUCUGUAAAAUGCCAAGAAGAUACCCUAUCAAGAGUCCUUGUGGACACUGGCUCCUCUAUGAAUGUCUUACCUAAGAGGAUGCUCGCUAAGUUGGCAUAUCAAGGGGUUGAGAUGAGGCCAAGUGCAUUAAUUGUCAAGGCAUUUGAUGGAUCGAGGAGGACCGUCAUAGUUGAAGUGGAUCUGUCAUUCUUAAUUGGUCCACAUGUGUUUGAAAUUACUUUUCAGGUUAUGGACAUCAAUCCAAAUUAUAGUUGUUUGCUUGGAAGGCCGUGGAUUCAUGCCACUAGGGUCGUGACAUCCACCUUGCACCAAAAAAUGAAAUUCGUUAUUGAUGAUAAAUUGGUGAUUGUGUCCGAUGAGGAAGAUCUUAUGGUAAGCCACCUCUCUUCAUUCAGUUACAUUGAGGCUGAUGAGGAUGCUUUGGAAACUUCUUUCCAAUCUCUUGAAAUAGCCAACGAUGUCUUUAUGGAAGUCAAAGAACCAAAGGGGAAGGGUAUUACAUCUUUUGCAUCAUGGAAGAAAGCAAGAUAA